AACCAGCUGCUCGCCCUCUCCUCGAGCACACUUUACCAACGGCCUUCGACUCUGGUGGUCUCCCAUUUGCUCUUCCUCGGUGGCCCUUUUCUGACCUGUGAUGUCUCGCUUGCUGCAGUUCUGCUCUUCCCUCCUCCGACACCGUGUAGUCCUGUUCUCGAAGCCUGGCCACUCAGGCCGCCUCAGCCACUCAGAAAGCCCACAAAACCAAGUCCUGACACCCACGGAAUCGGUUGUUGGAAUUGUCGUGUUUUUUGCCACCUUUUUCAUCCCAGCUGCGUAUGUGAUGAGCAACCUGAAGUUUUUCAAAGGCGAGUAGAUACACGAUGUCGAUUAACGGCACCUCAAGAUCCGAAAUGCUUUCAGAAAAGGCCACGGCUCCUUUAAAUGAGAAAAGGUGCCCGUUUGAACGUCUUGUAACUAUUUAAUCUUACAACUGUAUGUCUGUGGCGUUCUGCACCUUUUUUUUUUUUUUUUUUUUUUUUUGGACUGUGCAUCUGAUGGAUGACAAACAUUAUUUGCUUAGGUGUCAAAUAAAAUGGAAACACUGG